CCAUUGCUUCACACGCAUGGUUGUGUGGGGGGGGAGGGGUGUUUGUGUGUGUCUCGGCGUCUGGUUCAUCUCGACUCUCCCCACUGGAAUAAAUAAAUAAAUAAUGCUGACGCGAAGGUGCUCCGACCUCGGCCGUCAGCUGUCGGUGGCGGGCGCGAGGGAACGCGGCGCUGGGUGCGAAUUCUCGAGUCAGGGCGCGCUCUGUCUGCCGAGCGGAACGAUCCCUCGCCGAGGAGGAGGAGGUGAGCGUCUCGAAGCCCAUUUGGGGCCGGGAGACACGGGAGGGGAACAAUCAGUGGCGAUCUUAUGUCUGCACGGAGCGUGAGUCGCAAACCCACGGCGCAGCUCCUCGCGGGUUCACGGCCACCGUCAAAUGGCAGCGGCGCGUCGGAGCGCGCUGCCGCCGCCGCCACCGCCGCUCCCGUCACCGCCCCGGGGCGCGCGUCUCGCGUUCCCCGAGCCGGUGAGGCUCAUGUGAGCGCGACCCCUUCUCGACAUCAUCAUCCUCCUGCUCUUCUACUCGAGCGAGCACAGCUCCUCGGAGCCGGUGAGCGGCACCUGGAGCUCCUAGGCUCCUGCUCCUCCUCUUGUCCACUCGCCUCCUCCUCCUCCUCAUCAUCGUCCUUCCGGCCGCGGUAACGGGAGUCGCUUUAGUCGCGGGCGCCUCUGAUGCUGCUGCUGCUGCGACUGCCGAGGACUAUCGGUGUGAAUCGUUGGCGAUCGUCAUUGCCUCGGCGAGGGUCUCGCUGAGUGGCUGGCACAGCUCGCUUGCUCCAGCGUGGCUCGCUCGCUCUCGUUCGCUGGGAUCACAGCACCCACCGCCAGCACCGCUAGCACCAAACUCGGCUCCGCCGCGGUCUCCGCCGCCCCGCGGAUGUUCGGCCGUCGUCGCCGAGGCUGACCGAGGCGAGUUUGCGAGCGGCGCUGCUGAGCGGGGACUCACGGAGACGGGGGGCGCGCGUCGCGGCUCCGCGCGAAACCGGCGAUGGACGAGGCGGACGGGACGAAGGGGAGAGGCUGAACGGGCGCGGUCCAAGCGCACCCCGCUCCUGAACGCCACCAGCCCCGUGCCGAAGGAGCCGUAUGCCGGGCGCGCGUCGCCUCCUCGCCAUGCUCUCCAUGAUGCGGCUGAGGGAUCGUGGCGUGCAGAGCGUUCUCACGCUCUCGGGCGCUUUCGCCGCCUUCACGCUCAUGGCGAUCUCGGUGGGCACCGACUUCUGGCUGUAUUCGCGCGGCGUGUGCCGGGACCGCACCAACACCGACAACGAGACGGUGAAGCGCAACGAGGAGGUGCUCACCCACUCGGGCCUCUGGCGGGUGUGCUGCAUGGAAGGGAGCUCCAAGGGCGUGUGUAAAACCAUCGACCACUUCCCGGAAGACUCGGAUUUCAAGGACACGGCUGAGUACUUACUCCGGUUGAUGCGCGCCUCCAGCAUCUUCCCCAUCUUCAGCGUGCUGCUGCUCCUCUUCGGAGGCCUCUGCAUCGCCGCCAGCGAGAUCUACAAGUCCAAGCUGCACAUCGUUCUCGGUGCAGGCAUCAGCAUGGUGGCGGCAGGCCUGUCGAACAUCAUCGGCAUCAUCGUGUACAUCUCGAGCAACGCGGGCGACCCCAACAUGAGCGAUCCGAAGAACAAGAACUACUCGUACGGCUGGUCCUUCUACUUCGGCGCCCUCUCCUUCUUCAUCGCUGAGACGCUGGGCGCGUGGCUCGUGCACGUCUUCAUGGACGCGCACCAACACGCCCUCUCGCAGGCGCUGCCGGGCAUCAUGCCCGGCAUGGGCCUCGGUGUCACGGCCAUCGACAGCGACGACUAUCUCAAGAAGCCCUCUUCCUCCUCCUCCACGGCGGCCGCUUCGUCAUCCGCGGCCGCAGCCGCCGCGGCGGCCCAGGCGAUGGCAGCCGGCGGAGGCAUCGGAGGAGGAGGAGGCGCGGGCGGAAUGGGGGUGGCGGGGAUGCGGCUGCCCAGCUACCGCUGGCGCUCACGCGACCCGUCGCCCGUCGGCUUCAAGCCGCUGAACGCGCAGCCGUCCACGGACACGCUGGCCAUGUACACGCUGCCGCGGGACUCCCCGCCGGACUUCAACCCCUUCGUGUCGGGCGGCCAGCAGGGCGGCUCGGGCAGCGGAGCCGGCGGGAGCGGCGGCGGGGUCGGAGGCGCACCCACGGGCAGCGGCUCCGGCAGCGGCACGGGCACCGCGGCGGAGAUGUUCGCCGUGCAGAACUGCCUGCGCAGCGAGCUGGAGGAGACGCUGUUCGGCUCGGCCGCCAACCGCAGGACGACGCCCGUGUGAGCGGGGAGUGGCGGCGGUGGUGAGGAGAGAAACUCGUCUCGCCACGCGGAGGAGAGAGUCGUGGGGGGCGGGGGUGUGGGGGCAGGGGUGGGGGUCCCAGGUGGAGCUGGGUCACGUGACAGUUCUCCCACCGCGCUCAGGGAAACCCUCAGCCCCCAGCGUGGAGCCGACCCGAGCCCCGUCCACCGCCCCACCCACCUCUGUCCACCUCCAUCAUCCGUGCCGGCUUAACCCCCCCCCCCCCCCCCCCCCCCACCGAGGGUUCGCGGGUUUGACUCGGGGGGUGGCGGGCAGGCAGGGGAGGGGGGAAACCGCCACGGCUUCGGGGCAGUGAGCGGCUCCGCGGGUGAUCGAGAAGGGCUCCCUGUCCCGGGGGAAGAACGAAUGACCGAAGAAACGAAAUGAAAGUGUUCGCGCUCCACGAUGAGUUUGAGAUGGCUCCUGGCCCCGAAAACCCCAACUUCCUUCUCCCUCCUCCUCGUCCCGCCCCGCCCGCACCCGAACCCAACUCCGUCGACCUCUGCCCGCGUCGCGCGUAACGCGCAAGCGAGCGCAGCGCAGCGCCGACUCUGGCCGCUCGGAACUCCACGCAGUGCUUUGCACAGCAGUUGCAAUUGACCAACCACUCAGUGUGUCACUUUCUCUCUCUCGUCUCAGUCUCUAGCAUAGCUCCCCCGCCCCCAAAUCCGCGUUUUCCAUCCCUCCCUUCCUCCCUCCGUCCGUCCCCUCGUCGCUGUUUACACGUGACGGACGUGCGCCGCGCGCUCUGCGAUGAUGCGAGUUGAGUUACUCUGCGCCGUUGGUACCAAUCGAGAUCGUGAAGUUUGCACCCCCCCCCUCUCCUUCCCCUGCGCCAACAAAAAAAAGUGUGAUUACUCUCUCUGCUGCUGGUAGUGGUGGUGGUGGAAGCCGGAGAGAUAGAGAGAGAGGGGGGGGGGCAGGGUGGUGGCUGAGAAGUGAGUGGAUGGAUGUGCUGUGACGCGCACUGACCCACAGUGGAAUAAGGAAGCGCGUCUUUACUCCGCAAGAGAAGGGCUCCCUGCCCCCCACGCCCCACGCUCACAGCUGUCUGGGGGCUGUGUUCCUCCGACUCGAGGAGGUUGGGGCUGACAGAAGAAGAAGAAGCAGCGAGCGAGUGACGGCGUCUGGACCCAAACAAUUGAGCCCCCACCCCUUCCCUUACAGGGCGCCGAGUAAGUCAAAGCCAAAAAAAAGAUAUAUAAUAUAUUAUUUUAUGCUAAACAUUAUUAUAAAGAGGAUAUUCAUAUACUACAUCUGCAAAUUGUACUUUGAUCUCUAUGAUGUUUAACAACAAAAGAGAACACGUUGUAUAACCUGUAGGGCGUAGAGGAUUCGUGGUGUUAUGCCUUCCGUGUUUACUGUGUGUCCACGUGUCCCCGCGCAUGUUAUUCCUGUAACCGAGCCACACCACUGUCUUGCAUGUCGGUGAACACGUGAUGUUGGCUUCCUGUGGGCGAUGCCAUACUCCGUUCCUGUCUCCCGUCGUGUUGUACCGGCCAGCGGUGUAGUGAUGGGGACUGUGAGCCGGAGUGCGUGUGUGUGAGUGUGUGCGCACGUGGUGUGUGUGUGUAUGGGGAGCGGUGGCGUAGCGGUUAGCGCGCUGCGCUACAAAUCCGGCGACUCUCGAGUUCCGAAUCCUGCUCGCGGCCAACACCAGUGACGAUUAUCGGAACCGGUUCUGGGACUCCCUUAGGUCGACUAAGGGAGUCCCAGAACAUCGUCACUAGGGAGACGAAGGCGGCCGGGCGUUGUGCUGGCCACUCAUCCCUUCGUGUGCCGUGCGGGCCUUCACAGGUGCUCGCUAACAGCAAUUGCCCCAACAGUUGGUUAAUGCUAUACGGGGGAACUUUGUCUUGUGUGUGCGCGCGUCCGUUAGAGCAUUUCCCCAACUACGUCGAGGUUCUCUUAUUUUAGGGGGGAGGAGUGGGGGGGGGGAGAACCGCGGCUCUCAGAUCGCUCGCUGAGCCGUGCAUCGCUCCACCGGAGCGGAGAGCACCAGCCACCAUCGACGCGAUUAAUCUCCCCGAGAUGUCCGUCGACCUGCCGCGUAUCUCACAAAGGGCUCCCGGUGUGGGCAGAGAGCGUGCCCGGGACCACGGACUUUACAGCGGGCAUUGGCGGCGUUGGUGGCGACGGUCGGAAAUCCUCCUGGGGACUGAGUGAAACUGGAGAGUGAGACAGGUUGACUCGUGGAACGAUCGACCAUCGAUCUGCAUCAUCGUGUCAUCAUCGUAGUCGUCCUCCUGACAACCACCCGACUCGUGUCCUCCGGCGCCCGCCCCCCGUGUAGCUGUGCACCGGUGCUCAGAAACCAAAGCUGGGGUGGCAUUCGUGUGCGUACAAUAUACAAGUAUUUAUUAUAUUAUAUCCGUUCAUAUAAUGAUAAUAACAAUGGCCGACUAUGGUGGCAAACUGUGCAUUGACGACGGUACGGGGGAGAUAG